AAAAUAACAAAAGGAGACGAAAUUACAUAAAAGCCUCCAAAAGUGUUUCAAAUUAGACACAUCUCAAAGAAAGACAACAGUAGUGGCAUGAAAAAAGACUUAAUUGGAGAACAUUUAGAGGAAAAAUGGUUGGAAAGUAAAUGUAAAUAUCUAGGUAUUCCAAACUUUGACAGACAACACUGGAUUCCUGUAAUACUCAAUAGAGUUUGACCUUUUUAUGCCACAUUAGAUAUUUUCUGUCACAUCAUGUUUAUGCUGUUAAACAAGUAAAUUCUGUUUUGAGCAGCGUUUUAGAUCCAGUUUAAUUCAAAAAGCCUUUUAAAAAGUUCUGUAGCUCCUUCAACCUGACUGCUUUUGCUUAGAUUUCAGUUUGUUGUCCAGUGGCAAAAGCCUUGUGCUCGACCUUUUAAAGGAUACCAUCAGGUGGCGCAAAGGGAUAUGUGACGAAUUCUUAAUAAUAAAGUCAUUAAUGUAUUUACAUGGCGAAAGGGAAGGACCGCCGUCAUGCUGGGAGAGGGGAUGCAUGUCCACAAUUUUUUAUUCCUGGAGAAUUUUACACCCAAACGUUGGGAAAUCUUCCGAUGACAAGAAUAGGCGAAUUUUCUAACUGAUUAAUGAAGCAGACGGACAGUGAUUGUGCUGAGUGAAAAAAUAAAAAAAAAUACAGAUUUUGUCUUGGAGCGAAAUCCGACGGCACGACUUGCUGGAUAUUCCCGUUGAGGAUGGAGUUUGGAGAACGGAAGAGGAGAAGGAAAUCCCAGAGCUUUAAACUGGUCACGGAUGAAGAUUGUGACCCUUCAUAUGUUGCAAGUUGCAAGAAUGGCAACGAGGGAGCUAAUGAUGCAGCUGUACCUGUUUGGCUUGAUGAGAGCAUGGGGAUCAAGAGGCAAAUCACGGGUAUGAUGAGACUUCUGAGUGAUAAGACUGGGAGGGCAUAUCAACAGGUUGGAAGUGAGUCAAACAGCUUGCCUCAGGAGCCCCAGGAUAAAGAUCUGAACAGCCUGCACCAGACACAAAUUCCAUCUCCUGCAUCACAUCGUCACCGCAGCUGGAGCUCUGAGGGGGACCCUGAGCCGGCAUCUUCAUCCAUAGCGAGCCCCACUCUAAACGGUCAAGCCUGUGGUCAUAGCACCCUGUCCAAAAGCUCCAGGAGCCUCAGCAGCUUAAAGGACUCAGUCAAACCCAGUAAUACAAAUGGAGAAGUGCUCCCUCCUGCUGUGCCUGAAAUCCCCUGCUGCAUGUGUAACUGUAAAGACACCUUAGAGGCUAUACUCCAGGAACUGAGAGCAAUGAGGAGGCUGAUGCAAACUCAAAAAGCACCAUUUGAAAAGAAAGAACAGGCAGGAUCACCAUGCCAACCUUCCCUUGGUCCAGGUUCCUCUCCUCGGCGUACACCCCAAAAGAGAAGGCCGAUCUAUAAGGUGGCUCCACUCAGUGUGUACAGCACCAGAAGGGCACCCGCAUCUUCCUCAGUGCUUAAACCAGUUACUUCUGAGUCCAUGAGGAGGGAGGAUUGUGAGAAACUAGACUCAUCAGCACUCAACAUUGGUUUGAUUUCCUGUAAUGUGUCUGCGCAGCCACCUCAGGUCAGCAACACACACGAUCCUCCCCUGAACCAACCAAAGGAGCAUCAAGUGUUAGAGUCUGACGUUCGUCUUGCAGAGGACUAUGAUGUUUUCAUCUCCAAGGCCCAACUGGACUCCAUCCUAGUAAAUUAUACCCGCUCUGGCAGCUUGCUGUUUCGCAAACUGGUGUGUGCCUUCUUUGAUGACGCUACUCUGGCCAACUCUCUGCCAAAUGGCAAAAGGAAACGUGGGCUCAAUGACAACCGUAAGGGUUUGGACCAAAACAUUGUGGGUGCAAUUAAAGUGUUUACAGAAAAAUACUGCACCAAUCACAGAAUAGAGAAGUUGCCAGGGCCUCGAGAUUGGGUGCAGAUCCUUCAAGACCAGAUCAAACUUGCAAGGAGGAGGCUGAAACGAGAUGCUGCAGAAGCUGAGGAAAGCUCAACUGGACCAUCGACCAGCUGUGAUUAUAAGAAACCUGAAUGUGCCGAACACACACUGAAGAAUGUAACGUGUUGAUUCAACAGCUGCCUCGGCUGGAGUUCAGCUGAUUAUUUUUGUCCUCGUUAUUUCUCUAACUGUAAGUGUUGGAUUAUGCCAUUUUGCAACUGUUAACUAUUAGGUAAAAUGGGUAAAAGAAAAUAAAAGGGCCAAACGAGAAAGCACCCAUCAUGAGCAAAUAUGGUUUACAUUGUGUUAAAUGAGCAGUCCAUGAUUGACAUCCUUUUGGAUCUGGAAUUUUGUGCCAGGAAAUACUGAUGUAAUAAAAUAAAAUAAGUGAUUUAUUGUUCACGGUUUAAGCAAAUGCCUAAAAGGUGUGGAACACUCAUUCAAUCAAUAUGUUUGCAGUAGGAAUGAAUGCCUUAUUAGUCGUACUUGGGGUGCACUGAUGCACCAUUUCCAGGAACUAGAAGUGAGCCACAUCACAGCUGAGCUUCAGACGGCAUGUUUUGGAGUCUGAUUUCCUGAAAUUCGGACAGCUAAACAGCUCUACCACUGACUCUGUUUGCUUUGCAACGUUGAUUUUUAUUUCCAUAUAAGCCUGGAGGAGUUCUGCUGUGUGGUGAAGUUGCUGAUGCUAACAGUUAGCUUCUACUAGCCAAUACAUUCUCUGCUGUUUCCUGGAUGUUAAAUAAACAACAGCCUUCCCUGUUGUGGUCAAGAUGGGUGAGUCCAUGGGUAUUUCUCAAUGUCAAGGAGCCUGGCCUCGCUUACGAGGACACUGUCCUUCCUUGGGCAAAGGAAACGGUUAAAUGGAACAGACUUGCAUGACAUGACCACAACUUCCACGGCGGUCAUGUCUUGUCACGUGAUACAUGAGGUAACGUUAUAUUUUAUGUGUAUGAGUUUCAAUAUAAACGUAUAACAAGCCUUAUACUUUUUAAAUUGUGUACAUAUGUAAGCAACUUAUACCUGUUAGCAACCGAAUCUGCAACUACUAUAGGCAACUA